GGACCGGGCUCCUCGGCCUCGGCCUCGGUGAGCAGGCGUGCGGGGGGACUCGGAGCACCUCCAGUGUGUCAUAGGAAAUUCCUGAAAGGGGCGGACUCAUUCUCUGACAGGAAACCCAAGUUAACGGGCUGCUCGACUCCGCCAGCCCUUAAAACUUCACGAAAACGGCUUUCUCUGAAAACUGGGGCGAUGAUGUGGUCGCACAGUACAGGACAGUAGAAGGCACUCCGAGAGUUCGUCAUGAGGUACUAGAUGCCUUGGCCCAAAUGUAAUGGCCAGACCUGGGACCAGAUGGCUUCUGUCCAUCUUGCUGGUUCUGCCAACAUGUGCCCACCCACCAGGUCCUCCCCCUCCCCCCUCACCCCCCCAAUGCCAUAUCCCGUAUGAUGAGCACAAUGGAUGGCUAGCAAUCAACUGUGUAUGGGAGCCAGGGCCUGACCCUCAGACCCCCACCACCUACACACUGCACUGGGAGUCAGAGGGCAACAAAAAGCAGAUCGAGGCGACCAAUGUGAAUGGGUCUAUCCCUCGUCCCCUGUUCUACAGGUUCACUGACCUUCAUGUCUGGGUCCAGGCUAAGAACCAGCACGGCUCUGCCAACUCUUCUCUAACUGUGUUCAACACAGCAAAGAUCAUGAACUCGCCCACCCCCAUCGUCGAAGACGGUGGGCAGGAGCCAUUGGAGAUUCACUGGCAGUCCCGGUGUGAAAUGCUGGCGACCUCUGAGGGGUUCUGUGAGGUCCGACACCAGGCCGAGGAAGGCCAAAGCCAGCUUGAGAAUGAUACAUUUCAUGGGGUAUACACUUUCUUGAGUCCCGAGCCCUACACAGUGUACGAGUUCCAGGUUCGUUGUGCCUGUGAGGAUCACCUGAUAAGUGACUGGAGUGCGGUUCACAGAGUGGAGACUGCAGGGGCAGUCCCCGUUGGGAAGCUUGAUGUAUGGAGGGAUUGUGGAAUGUCCUCAGGAAUCGAUGCAUGUAUCCUGAUAUGGAAGAAGCUGCCCAGAAAACAGGCUCGUGGUCACAUUCUGGGAUAUGAAGUCAAACUGUCUUACAGCAAUGCCUCAUCAGAGCUGGUGAACAUUAGCACGGCUGAGCCAAGCGGCCAGUUGGUGUGUGGUCAGCUGCAGUGCCACCUCAACUCCUCUCUAAAGGGUGUAGCAGCAGUGACUGUAUCAGCCUACAACGCUCAUUGUGCCACAUCGCCUGCUCAUCUAGCUAUCCCAGCGUCAGGUAUAGAGAAUGACGAGCAAGCUAUUCGUCUCGAGAUGAAUUCAGAGAGCCUCAACGUGUCUUGGGACCCACCUCCUCAACUCGCUGACAAUGUGAAGGAAUAUGUGGUACAAUACAAGCAGGCAGGACUUCCUCCAGGCAAGGGAUUUGAUUGGGUGAGAGUGAACAGCAGCCAGACAACAGCGACUGUAAAAGGCCAAUUUGAGAAGUACACCGCCUACCAAGUGUCACUGUUUACGUUAUCCCACGACGGCGAUAACCCCCGUCACCUUUCAUCUGUGAUUGGAUAUUCCCAACAAGGAGUCCCUUCCAAAGUGCGCUCAUUUCAGGUGUCUACCUUUGGUGCUACCCAUGUCACCCUAUUUUGGGAGCCAGUUCCACUGCUUCAGAGGAAAGGAGUGAUUUUGUACUACCAAAUAGGAAUAGACAGCCAAGUGUACAAUGUGAGUGUCUUGCCUCGGCAUGGAAAUCUGACUUUUCUGCUGAAGCAUCUGAGUCCAAGCCGGGUGUAUGAGGUGUGGCUGAGGGCUGUGACUGUGGCCGGGCCUGGAGCAAACGCCACUCUGAAGUUCCAAACAGCCGUCCAGUGGGCUUUUGGUUACGUGGCAUCGUUACUAACAGUAAUAUUUGUUGUUAUAGCGUGCGUGGUGGGCGUGGCUGUUCAUUCAUUCAGGGCGGAGAGUGAAGCCUGUCCCCUGGUGCCUUGGUGCCUCAAUGAGAAAGUGCCAGACCCACGCAACAGUCACAUUUUCAGACACAUGAAGCACCAGUUUAACGGCUCCUUGGCUUGGAUCUGGACCCCUAUUCUUGAGGCUCAUCCCAAGAUCUCUCAGUUGGAGGUUGUGGAAAUCCCGCCAGAGAUGUUGAAGCCCUGCCCGGAGGAAGCCUCCCACUCUGAUGGACAGCUGGAGGGAGAGGAGCACUCCCAGACAUACAGAGGAGGAGAUGAGAGAGAGGAGGAUACAGAGGGGAGGCACCAAUAUGGAAGAGAGGCUUAUAGCAAAAUGAUUGACUCUGAUGAGGAGCAGAGCAGGGACGAUUGCUUGAGUUCAUCGGACGAAGAUGAGUUCAUCUCAGGUUAUGAGAAGCACUUCAUGCCGACCGCCUUGGAAGUAAUGGAAGGCUGAUGAUGACUCCUCCUGUUGUCUGUGUAUGUUCAUCUCAACUAUACUUUAUAUUUUUUAAAAAUGUGUCGAUAAAAUAUGUUCUCUUGAGUUGUGUCGAUAAAAUAUGUUCUCUUGA